AUGAACAAUCAAUACACCCGUCGAGAAGUCUUCUGCUGUGACACUUGUCAUGAGCUCAAAAGCUUCUGGGAAAAAGAAAUUAGCAAACAGACUUUUUACCGAGAACUGGAGGAAGAUCGUCAGGAAAGAAGCGCCCUGAAAAAGCUCAGAGAAGAAUGGAGGCAGAGGCUGGAGAGGAGGCUGAAGAUGCUGGACAACCCUGAUGAGAAGGAAAAGCCGGCCAACAGCACGGACUGAGCGUUGCCCACCUCACUGACUUCAAAGAUAGCAAGCAACCAUGGGCAAUUUUCUAGGGGAAAAAUACUAACACCCAAGUUAUGCUGACUUAC